AUGCCGUCCACACACAAUGCGGAGAAGCCCUGGGACACGGACGAUAUCGACAAGUGGAAGAUUGAGCCUUUCAAGCCCGAAGACAACACAGCCGGUCCCUUCACCGAGGAGUCGAGCUUCUCCACGCUUUUCCCCAAAUACCGCGAGCAGUACCUCAAAGGUUCAUGGAAGUUUAUCGAAUCGGCGCUGAAGAAACAUGGUAUCACAGCCACGCUCAACUUGGUGGAAGGUUCCAUGACGGUCGCAACAACGCGAAAGACAUACGAUCCGGCCGCGAUCCUGAGUGCGCGCGACCUGAUCAAACUGCUCGCGCGUAGCGUACCUGCACCACAGGCGGUCAAGAUCCUUGAGGACGAUGUGGCUAUGGAUAUCAUCAAGAUCAGGAAUCUGGUCGGCAACAAGGACCGCUUUGUCAAGAGGCGACAGCGUAUUCUGGGCCCCAACGGCUCGACCCUGAAGGCUCUCGAGCUCCUCACAGAAUGCUACCUGUUGGUGCAAGGAAACACAGUCGCGGCGAUGGGCCCUUACAAAGGCCUAAAGACAAUACGGCGCAUCAUCGAGGACACCAUGCACAAUAUCCACCCCAUCUAUGCGAUCAAAGAGCUCAUGAUUAAAAAGGAGCUCGCGAAAGACCCCGAGCUGGUCAACGAGAGCUGGGACCGCUUCCUGCCAAACUUCAAGAAGCGCUCCCUCAGCAAGCGGAGAGUACCCCACAACGUCACGGACAAGAGCAAGAAGACAUACACACCGUUCCCGCCCGCGCAGGAGAAGAGCAAGGUAGACCUGCAGAUCGAGAGUGGAGAGUACUUCUUGGGCAAGCAGGCAAAGGAGCGCAAGGUGCGGGAAGAUCGCGACGCAAAGAUGAAGGAGAAGAUGGAGGACAAACGGAAAGAGAGAUUGGCUGAUUUUGUCGCGCCGGAAGAGGAUGGCGAGAAAAAGAAGAAGAAGCGGAAGCGCGAGGAAGGGGAGGAAAAGAAGGAGAAGAAAAAGAAGAGAAGCUCCAAGGGCGAGGCCGAGGAAGAGUCGUAG